UUUUUGUUUUCACUAGAAAAAAAUUUUAAAUAAUUAGAAAUAAAAAAAAGCACUGGACAUUUUUUAUUCAUCAAAAGACGGCAAGUUUAGAAUACAAUGGAAACUUUGCUAGAACAGCAAAGACGCUUUCACGAAGAACGUGAACGUCUGCUAAAACUCAUGGUUGAUGAGUAUGCCAAUAAAAAAGUAAGUGAAAAGGAACGAAUUUACUCUGAACACCGGCUAAAAUAUCUAUUAGACUUGCACCAUAAUUCUACGGAUAAACUAAAGGAUUUAUACGAGGAUAAAGAUAAUGAACGUAAAACUGAGAUUCAAGCUCUUUCCGGACCAAAUGAGUUCAAUGAAUUUUACAACCGUUUAAAGCAAAUCAAAGAGUUCUAUAAGAAACAUCCCAGCGAAGUCAGCAUACCACUGUCGGUGGAAUUUGAAGAUUUGGUAAAAGCCUACAGUAAUCCCGAUGAAAUGUCUGCAUUGGUAGAGUUUACAGAUGAAGAGGGCGGAGGACGUUAUUUGGACUUGAAUGAAUGCUAUGAAAUGUAUAUUAAUUUGAGAGGAGUGGAAAAGGUCGACUAUAUUACAUAUUUGAUGUCAUUUGACCAUGUUUUUGAUAUACCAAAGGAAAGAAAGAAUAAGGAUUUCAAGAAGUAUAUAGAGUCCAUAAAUGAUUAUUUACAUAAUUUCAUAGUAAGAGUUCAACCAUUAUUUGAUUUGGAAGAGGAGAUGCUAAAAGUGGAUUUAGAAUUUCAAAAACAAUGGAUACAAGGUACUUUUCCAGGUUGGUCUUCUAAGGAGACUGAAUCAGCUUUGGCAAAUACUGGUGCACACUUGGAUCUCUCGGCCUUCUCUAGUUGGGAGGAAUUGGCUUCUUUGGGUCUGGAUCGUUUAAAAUCAGCUUUAAUGGCUCUAGGUCUCAAAUGUGGAGGUACUCUGGAAGAACGAGCUCAACGUUUGUUCUCCACAAAAGGUAAAAACACUCUGGAUCCAUCAUUGAUGGCCAAGAAGCCAGCCAAAAGUACUUCGACGCAAUCAAGAGAGAAUGAACGGCACAAGGAAGUAGCUCAAUUGGAAGCAUAUCUGUACAAAUAUGCUGAAUUAGUAUCUGAGCAGCGUAGUGCGUCCAAAGAAAAUGUUCAACGUAAACAGGCGCGUACUGGCGGUGAAAGGGAUGACAGCGAUGUAGAAGCUAGUGAUUCAGAUAAUGAUGACGAUCCUGAUGCAGAUGAGGUGCCAUAUAAUCCUAAAAAUCUGCCGUUGGGAUGGGAUGGAAAACCUAUACCUUACUGGCUAUAUAAAUUACAUGGCUUGAAUAUAAGUUACAAUUGUGAAAUUUGCGGUAAUUACACUUACAAAGGUCCCAAAGCAUUCCAGCGUCAUUUUGCGGAAUGGCGACAUGCUCAUGGCAUGCGUUGUUUGGGUAUACCCAAUACCGCUCAUUUUGCCAAUGUAACCCAAAUCGAAGAUGCAAUAACAUUGUGGGAAAAAUUAAAGUCACAAAAACAGUCUGAAAGAUGGAUAGCUGAUCAGGAAGAAGAAUUUGAAGAUUCUCUAGGUAAUGUGGUUAAUCGUAAGACAUUUGAAGAUUUAAAGAGACAAGGUUUAUUAUAAAUGAAACAAAACAAAUUAAAAUAAUAAAAUACAAAAAAUACUAAAA